AGGUUGGUUGUUGUCAGAUUGUGCACUGAAGAAUUGGCAGCAGCCCAUAUACAAUGUAGUUCUUUACUAGGCUAAGUGGAAUUAGCCGUUUAGGACUGCUCAUAGAAAUUAAUAUGUUUUUUCAGCCAGAAAAACAAUUAUAAAAUAAAAUAACGCAUUUUAUUAAAGUAAUUCGUUUGGGAAAACUUAACUAUCAUCACAAAAGAAAGUAGCUCACAAGCUAGCGAGUGUGCUAAAGCAAAAGUAUUUGCACACAAACUUUAUUUUUUGACUGCUAAUCGGACGGAAACCUCUGCUGGAGUAUCAGCUCUAGGAGUUUGCGAGAUUGGUGAACUUUUUAAAGACUUUUGAAAGCACAAAGCGACGGUGGGGAUGUCGUGUCGGAAUGGAGUGGCCCGGGUGGUUAACGUUAAUCAAGGACUGCAGCCCCUCCGAGCCACGGUCCCGUUUCAGCUCCAGAACCGUCCAGCACCGCGCUGCAAAGACACCAGGACAGCCGAGUACAAGACGAAAGGUCGGCCGCCGAAGCCAACCUUACGACGGACAUUGUCUCUGGACACACUGGUGGGACCGUACCUUCAGGGAAACUGGCCUAGAGACCCAGAGUAUCAGCCUGUUACCUGUGUCAAUGACAAGGCCACACAGGUGAGAUCCUACCCACACAAUUUUUCGUGAACUAUUCCUUUUAACACAGGUACUGAGGUGUCAAUA